AUGGGAUCGCUGCUGAGACGUAGUUUUUAUUCUUCUGCGUAUGGUAUUGCUAGAUGUCAGAAAAAUAAUUUAAUUGUCAGGAGAUUACAACAGACACAUGCUGCACUUAGUUCUAUUAAUGAAACACACGAGCCACCAAGAAACAAUAAUGUAGUACCAAUAUUUAGAAACGCCAUUAAAUUUGGUGAUAAAACAGCCUUAAGAGAUUUACAGGGGUAUUAUACAUACAGAGGAUUAUUUUUGAGCUCCAGACAAUUUGCUGGAGAGUUAUCAAAUAUUUUAAAGGAAGGCCAGCAAGAAAGAAUUGCUUUUUUGAUGCCCAAUGAUGCGAGAUAUGUUAUUGUUCAGUGGGCAUGUUGGAUGAGUGGACAAAUUGGAUCAAAAGUUGUAAUCACAACGACUGAAUUUGCCCCGUUACUGGAACCAAUCGCCUCAAAAUGCAAUUGUCGCUUGAUAGUCCUGGACAACGCACUGCGACUCCUCGCCAUGAAACCAUUACCAAGAUUAGCGAACAACCGAGACACUGACGUAGAGUACUUCGACGAGUCAUCUGAGACUCCAUUGAAGGACGAAUUUUACAAUGACAGCGACGCGAUGUUCGUGUACACAUCCGGGACCACUGGAACGCCCAAAGCCGUGGUGCUGACUCACAAGAACCUGCAGUCCCAAAUGAACGCGCUUAUCUCCGCGUGGAAGUGGACAGACAAGGAUAUAGUCUUACAUACUCUACCUCUUAAUCAUAUCCACGGAAUCGUCAACGUCCUGAUGUGUCCUCUUUACAUUGGAGCGCGGUGUGUCAUGCUCCCGAAAUUCGAAACUUCCAGUGUCUGGGCCCAACUUCUCGCUGUAAAUCUCCAGAAUCCCGAACGAGUCAAUGUUUUCAUGGCUGUUCCUACGAUUUAUAUGAUGCUGAUCCAAGAGUAUGAGCAGUUGUUCAGCAAGAAUCCCAAAAUUCGAGAAUAUGUUCACACAGUCUGCAAAAUAACCGGACAUCGAUUGCUGGAAAGGUACGGGAUGACUGAAACGGGUAUGGUUCUCUCAAAUCCGCUGGAAGGCCAACGUAUUCCAGGUACUGUUGGAACUCCACUGCCUGGUGUACAAGUUAGAAUAACUGGCCCAAGUAGUACACCCGAAGUAUUGGUUCAAGGUUCCAGCUCUGGCAGCAAAGUUGUCGGAAAAGAAGCUAAAAUUCCUGUAAGUGGAGACUUACAAGUCAAAGGUGAAAGUCUCUUUCGGGAAUAUUUCAAUAAGCCGGAGGCUACUGCCAAAGAAUUUACAAGUGAUAAAUGGUUUAAAACUGGUGACACUGCAAUGUAUGACGGCAACGUCUACAGCAUCUUAGGUCGCAGUUCGGUUGAUAUUAUAAAGACAGGAGGCUAUAAGGUCAGUGCCCUGCAAGUGGAAACGGUAAUUCUUGGUCAUCCAGACAUCAUAGAUUGUGCAGUGGUCGGUUUGCCUGACAUUACUUGGGGACAAAAAGUCGCCGCUGUUGCGGUCACUCGCGAGGGAUCGGAAAUUCUGCUACACCAGAUACGCGAGUUCGCUAAAAAAUCACUACCCGAUUACGCUGUGCCUACGGUCCUUAAAAUAGUCGACAAAAUCCCGAAAAAUAAUCUCGGGAAAGUUAACAAGCCGAAUUUACUGGCAGCUGUUUUUCCAAAUAACAAAAUUUGA